AUGGAAAUAUCUGAUCAAAUUAAAUCUUCUCUGUUUUCCGGUCUCAGCAAGGAUAGAUAUUUGAGCCACUGUAAAAUUAUAGAGCCCGGCGAUCCACCAAAGCCACGCUACCUCCUUCUAGCCUUUGAUACUCACCAGAAUCAUCCAGUUCUCUAUAAAUCAAAGAGAAACUCUAAUGGGACGUUCUCUAUUGGAAAAUUCUGGCUAUUAAAUGCACUUUUAAAGGUUGAAUUGCUCAAUUAUGACACUUUUAAGCUUACUUUAUCUAAGUCUUAUCAGUGGAAAGCAGAAAGGGUUACUGAAUUAAAACCUUUUUUAGAUGCGAUAGUAAAUAACUACAAUGCUCAUUAUGAUAAUAAGAUUUCACUUCUAAAUCAUUACAAUUCAACCACACCUCUUAGUUUAAAACCAAGUAGACCGGAUGUCUCAGACAAUUCUCACAGCAGACAGCACACAGAGCACACACAAAGCACAGGUAGCACACAUAACACACAUAACACACAUAACACACAGCACAAUCAACAUACACAACAUAGAAAACGUCAACAGCCACCUAUUCACCAGCAGUCUGAGCCAAAACAAUCGAAGCAGUCGCAGCAGUCACAACAAUCGCACAAGCAACCUUACCAACCACUCCAGCAACCACAACAACCACAGCAAAAACCCAAACCGUCGCUUCAGCAACCAAAUUCACCACCACAGCAGCCACAACAGCCACCCCAGCCACAACAGCAACCUCCACCAACUCUCUCUCAACCACAAAAACAUCGAUUAUCCCCAAUUCCUCAGCAUCAGCAAGUAUCACCACAGACACAAGUAUCACCGCCACCAAAACCCCAACAAUCUUCACCAAUACCUCCCUUACAGAAACAAUCUUCUCCAGCUGUUGCUUCCCCUAUCGCAGCCUCCCCAACUCCUCCUUCUCCACCUGUCCCCCCUCCUCAACUCAGCCUCAAUACCAGCAAACUCACCCCAAGGCAGUCUUUCGAUAACUCUCCCUCCCCAAUCAUCCAGAAACGUUCUCAUAAAAGAAAGUUCUCAAGACCUUCGGACACUUCUUUAGGCGAUGCUUUUUCUUCGCUCGCAAGAAAGAACUCUCACACUUCGACCUCAGAAUCGUACAACGACAUACAACAAAUUGAUGAAGCUUUGGGCGGUGCAAACUGGAGAUCUCUUAGAAGUGCUGCACAUAUUGACUCCUCUGCAAUUAGUCAACAAGAUGAACAAUCCCUCACAAACGAAAUCAACAACGCCGAAGCUGCGAUGAUCAGGUCGAUUGUUUCUGACCAGGUUGAUACCAUCGACUACUUAUUUGAUUACCUCGACUCAAAUCUUGCAGAGCUGGAUGAUAUGGAUGCAUUGGUUAGUAAAUUUAGAGCACAUCUUAUGCUCGUUGGUGAAGAUAUCAGCUACAUUGAAUCACAACGAGGCAAACAAACGCAAAUAAACAACGAGCAAGCGCUACUCAAUGAAAUUGAAAAACUAGACCAAUUAUCUCCACCAAAUGUUGACGUCGAUCAGGCCGAUUUGAUAGUGUUGACCAAGGAGAGUCUUGAGAAUGACAAGGGUAUUGAGGCGCUGGAGAGAGCUGCUGCUACUCUCUACAAAGCCAUUAAAGCAAAUGAUGACCAACCCGACGUUGACGAGAAGCGUGUCAGCGAGUAUAGAACUAUCACUCUGCAAUUCGCCAAACGUAUGCUCGACUAUCUUUCGAUCAUGUUCAAGUUCCAAGUCGACAAUCUCCUCAACGACGCAGGAAGACAAAUCUCUGAAGCCAAGCCUAUCAUUAAAUCGCAUGAAAAGAUGGAAUCGUACCUCGGAAGGUAUUGUGGUCUGGUGCUUUUUCUAAGGGAGAUGGAUAAAAAUCGCUACAAGGAAGUAUGUGAUAACUAUUUUAGCUCGGCGGCUGAGUUACACAAUAGAGAAAUGUCCAAACUUUUGAAGGUAUAUGAAAAUCUCAACCACAAAGCCACAGAUGAGGAGAGUGAUGCUAACUUUUCCAAUCCAAUUGACGGAUUCAAUAGUCAGCCUGGUCGUAAGCGUCCUGAGAAGCGCUUAGAUACCAAAAAUAACAAAAAGGGCGAUAUACCUGCACACGAAUCGCUAGCAAAAAUACUUACGCAAAUCUCUACCCAAAUGAAGAAUGAAGAGGUUUUUUUACAAGACUUGCUCGCUAUUCUCGACACACCGCCCACAUUCGCGGAAUAUGUCGAUUUGGAAGAUGCAUUCAAACGUAAAGCAAGAGAUUCACUCAGUGCUGUUAACUUUGGACCGCUUUCUGACCUCAAGAGUGCAUUUGAAGCGAUAUUCUCAUUCUUAUCUCCGGCCCUGCAAUCGUGGAUAGAUGGUGCACUUGUCAAAGACAAUAUGCAAAUAGUCGGCAUAAUUGUACAGCUUGAGAAAUCAAUGAAGGAUGCUUACAACAAAGAUCAGCCUUACCUCCACUCACUUCUCAAAAAGCAAAAAAUGCGACUGAACAAUAUGUUUUCCAAGUACAUUUCGGAGCAGAUAAGAGCGAUUGAGAACACAAAACUGACGACAAAGAAGCGCAUGGGUGUAGCACCGUUCAUUCGGAUUAUACCUUCUUUUGUGGGCAGGAUUGAAGCUCAGCUCUCUAUAGUGGGCGACAAUAUGGAAAUACGCCAGAACGUCAACGACGCUUAUGAUAAGAUUAUCGGCAAAGUGUUUGACUCGCUCAAGCAAAUUGCCAAGGAGGAGGAAAGUGUAGAUGUCAAUGGCGAGGAUAAAGGUGCACUCAAUUUGCAUGUCAUUAUGAUAGCAAAUUCCCAUCACUUCCUGCAAUCGUUCAAAGCUAAGCCAAUGAAACCACUCUCUUCGUUCAUGGUGACAGCCGAGUCGCUCUAUAGCUCACACAUGGAAUCGUACGUGAAGCUGCUAUGGAAAAGACAUCUGCACAAACAAAUAGACUACUUUGAGGGUCUGGAGAAGGCACUCAAGACAACCAAAGCGUCCGAAAUGAUUAGUCAUCCCACGUUUGGUAAAAGUGUGUACAAGAGAAUAGUGCGAGACUUUACAGCCAAAGAUCUAAGAAAGUCAACAGAAGCUUUGCGCAAGCGAGUUGAAAAGCACUUUGACGUUAACAUCGAAGACGAAGUCGGAUAUAAUGAGGUCUUUAAGGUCAUCGAAAUCGUGUGGAAAGCGCUAGAAGACUACCUUGUUGCCUGGUCUAAUGACUGGAACCAGCUGAUUGCCGCAUGUUUUGCCGGUCUUGAAGGAUUACACUAUACCCAAACUGAUAUCCGAUUGUCAUUUAAGAAUAAAAACUGA